CUAAAAAUUCAGGGAGGAGAAAAAAAAGGACCUGGAAAAUAGAUAUUCAUACGAGGGCGCGAAAGGAUUAAACCCUUCUUCUAUGCUGUUGCGUCGUAACUGUAAACGUAUAUUCGUGUUGCCCUUGAUCAGUUUUCUGCAAUUCAAAUGGGAAUUAAGGGUUUAACUAAUCUAUUGGCGGACAAUGCGCCGAUGGCGAUUAAGGAGCAGAAGUUAGAAAGCUAUUUUGGCCGCGAAAUCGCCAUUGAUGCCAGCAUGAGCAUCUACCAAUUCCUCGUUGUUGUUGGAAGGCGUGGUACUGAAAUGCUCACCAAUGAAGCUGGUGAAGUGACUAGUCAUUUGCAAGGGAUGUUUGCAAGGACAAUCAGACUUAUGGAAGCUGGAAUAAAGCCAGUCUACGUUUUUGAUGGGAAGCCUCCUGAUUUGAAGAAACAAGAGCUUGCGAAAAGAUUCUCAAGAAGAGCUGAUGCCACUAAGGACCUAAAUGAUGCUCUAAAGAAUGGCAACAAGGAAGAUGUUGAAAAAUUUAGUAAAAGAACAGUAAAAGUCACAGAACAACACAAUGAAGACUGCAAAAAGCUUCUUAGGCUUAUGGGAGUACCCGUGAUUGAGGCUCCUUGUGAAGCAGAAGCACAGUGUGCCGCACUUUGCAGAGCAAACAAAGUUUUUGCUGUGGCCUCUGAGGACAUGGAUUCCCUAACUUUUGGAGCUCCAAGGUUUCUCCGUCAUCUAAUGGGGCCUAGCUCCAAAAAGAUCCCAGUGUUGGAAUUUGAAGUCUCAAAGGUUUUGGAGGAAUUGAACCUCAACAUGGAUCAAUUUAUAGAUCUUUGCAUUCUCGCUGGAUGUGAUUACUGCGACGGCAUAAGAGGUAUUGGAGGAGUGACUGCUUUGAAACUAAUUCGCCAACAUGGCUCAAUCGAGCACAUUCUGGAGAAUAUUAAUAAACAAAGAUACCAAAUACCAGAUGAUUGGCCAUAUCAAGAGGUUCGAUUGCUCUUUAAAGAACCAUCAGUUUUGACUGAUGAUGAUCAACUUGAACUGAAGUGGACCGCUCCAGAUGAAGAUGUGGGGUUGAUAAGCUUUUUGGUAAAUGAAAAUGCAUUCAACCACGAUAGGAUAUCUAAGGCAAUAGAGAGGAUAAAGGCUUCCACGAGCAAGUCGUCCGAGGGCCAGUUAGGAUCAUUCUCCAAACCAGUUGUUAGCACGUCGGUGACUGCUAAAGGAAAGGUAACUAAAUGUGUUCUUACAGUUCCAAAACCAGUAACCAAGCUUGUGAGGUACUCUACUGGAGCAUCCUUUCGUUCCAGACCUAAAGUCAUUGGUAGCAUAGCUCCUCCAUCUGUAGAUCUGGGCUCGAAGCAGUCCAUGCCGUUUACCAGAAGCUUAUGCUGUGGCUCAUGAAGCUGAAAAGCCACAUUAGACCUGGAUCGGUAGCCAGAAGUACGCUGCCGCGCAACACAUGAAAGAUAAUAAUGGACCUUCAAUAUUUACUAGAACUCCCGAAGAGUGCAGAGUAGUCAUUUUGGGCACGUUCAUACCAACUUAUUUAUGAGUUCAUGGUCUUGUACAAGGUACUUAUCAAAUUAUUUUUAAUAUUUUUCACGGAAAACAUUCUAUAAUUCAAAAUAUUGUUUUCUUUCAUUCUUUUAAUUUUGGGGAAUGAUUAAAUAGCUUGGUGUAAUUAAGAAACCUAAUAUGUAUUAAGUUGGUGUAAGGUGAUGCUAUAAUAUAACUUGUUAGUCUUA